AUUAACCAUCAUUGACAUAGGAUUUACAACAUGCCUGCUUUGCCUCUUUCUGCAGGUGUUUAAGUACAAAAGGAGAAAGAGAAAAGGAAGCUAAGAAGAAUGAUGGAUUGUAACGUUACCUCAUCAUUUGCUUCAGAGGUUAAUCAUGAAGCCUACAAGAAUGCCAGCAAGAUGAAUCCCUCAAUUCCAAAUCUUCCAACUGAGGUUAUCAUCAUUAUGGUCAUACUUUUCAUCCUCUGCUUUCUGGGACUUUUCGGGAACGGAAAAGUCAUUUGGAUCCUUGGUUUCCAUAUGAAAUGGAAUUAUUUCGCCAUCUAUGUCUUCAAUUUGGCUGUGGCUGAUUCUGGAAUACUCAUAAUGGAGGUUUUGAUGCAAAUAUCCUUGAUUUGUGAUCUAGGGAUGUCGACAAUUUAUUUUAUGUUCUGUCUUUGUUUUCUGUUUUACAAUUCUAGUCAACUUUUAUUAAUAAGCAUCAGUGUGGACCGGUGUGUAUCCGUGCUUUUUCCAAUUUGGCAACAAAGCCAUCGGCCACCCAAAUUGUCCCUCGCUGUGUGUGCUAUCUCUUGGAUUUUGGCUAUUCUAUGGUUUAUAGUGCAAGUGAAACUUUUAUUUUCAAUGAUUUUCCUACGGUGCCAGCUUAUUUUCACUUGGGUGUUUUCUUACCCAGUAAUGCUCACAUCCACUCUGAUCUUGCUUGUUAAAAUUAAACAACUCCAGCUAAAGAGAAAAGAGGCAUUGAAGCUAACCUUGCUUGCACUCAUAUGCUUCAUUGCAUUUCGCUUACCUUUGAGCAUAUUUUCCAUUCUUAAUUACGCCAAAUUUAAGCAAAAUAAUUUCCAGAUGCUAGUGUGCGCGAUAAGUGGGAGAGCCUCAAAAGAAAUCACAUUUACUGAUAACAUUUUCGACCUUUAUAUUCUUUCAUUGCUAUCUAACAUCUGUAUCGCAGUAAACAGCAGCAUCAACCCAAUCCUUUAUUUCCUGGCUGGGAGAAAUAAAGAGGAACGAUCCAAAUUAUCCAUGAAAAUUAUGCUCCAAAGUAUUUUCAGAAAUGAGGAAGAUACCAAGGAAGAUGAGAUGAAAACUGAUGAAAUCUAG